UAAAGUUUACGAAUUUAUUUUGUACUAUAUACAUAUACUUAUUAAAAAUGAAAUUUUUCAUGUGAAGAUGGUAAAAAUAUUAUUAUUAUUGGUUAUAAUUGAGCUUUAUUCUAAUUUUUUUUUCGUGAAUAACUUGGCAUCACGUGUGCACGCGUGAUUACGAUCAAGGCGAAUUUGUAACAAAUCUAAUUUAUAUUAUUAUUUCGAUAAUCAUCGUAUGCAAAAUAUAGACGCACUAUUUCAUCGUGUUCUAUAAAAGCAAAUUUUUAAAACUUCAGUCAUUUUAGAGAAAGUAUUUUUAACUUAUCUUCGUUGCGCAAGUCUGAUAAAAGUAAAGUCAAAAGUUUUUUUACUGUGACUUCGUGAUCACAUGAGAGAAAUAAAAAUAAACCAUACAAUUUUUAUAAUUUUUAUCAUUAGCUUAACUUAACUUUGAAUGAGUAGAAAUUCAAGGUUCAUAAUAUAAUGAAUGGAUCAAAGUAAUGAUGCAAUACUAUCGAUUUACUUAAUUAAAACUAACAAUCUUUUUCACAUCAGCGCACUCGGGGACAAUUUUUUUUUUUCGAUAAUUCUUGGAUCACAUAAGUACGUAUAUACACACCGGAUAUCCACUGAUCCGAAGAUUAGUGCAAUUUAUCGUGGUUUUCGACGAGACAACAGUUUCUCUAUCGAGGACACACACACAUGCGACGAUACGAGACUGGCGACGUUGUACACAUUAAAAGGGCAGCGCGUUCGAUUUUAAAAGUUCAGUCAGCCGCCGACCGCCUCGCGGUCUGUGCGUAAUUUUCUCACUUUGAAAGCCGACUCGCCGCAGAGACACAAGGAGCUCGACAAAGUUACUAUAAGCGAAUCGCCUAGACUUUUUGAUUUUUCCGCGCGCAGUAGUUUACGAAUCGUUUUUAAUUGACAAUAUCGAUGACCGACAAUUGGUAGUAGUGAAAAAUCAGCUGCAGCUUGGAAGACUUAUUCGUAUUUAACGGCAUAGUGAAGACGAUUUUCGUGAAAGCUGAGAGAAAAAACACGCGGGGUAGUUUUCGCACAAAUACUCGUACAACAUGGCAUGUCCAGUAGGAAAUGGAACAGACGACGCGAGCCAAGUCGGCACGUGUCUGACGGAAGGUCCUGGUCUUCUCUACGGCGAGUACUUGCGCCUCGACAAAAUCCUCUCCGCUCAAAGGCUGCUCAGCAGCGAGUGCGACAAGGAGGUUCACGAUGAGCAUCUCUUCAUCGUCACGCAUCAAGCCUACGAGCUCUGGUUCAAGCAGAUCAUUUACGAGCUGGACUCGGUGCGGGCGUUGUUCAGCAACGACGAGAAGCACCACGAGAAGAAUGCGAUCCACAGCAACAAAAACUCGCACAGCUCCGAGGCAAUCGACGAGUCCAGGACCCUCGAGAUCCUCAAACGGCUGAACCGCAUCGUCCUCAUCCUCAAACUCCUGGUGGACCAAGUCUCGAUAUUGGAAACGAUGACGCCCCUUGACUUCAUGGCGUUCCGCGACUACCUCUGCCCAGCCUCGGGCUUCCAGUCCCUGCAGUUCCGGCUCCUGGAGAACAAACUAGGCGUGAAACAGGAACACCGUGUCAAGUACAGCCAGAGCUACACGCGCGUCUUCGGUCGCGACCCUCAGGCCAUUGAGGCGAUCAAACGCAGCGAAGAGGAGCCCAGUCUCAGUCAUCUGGUCCAGAAGUGGUUGGCAAGGACACCAGGAUUGGCAAAAGAAGAUUUCGAUUUCUGGGGAAAGUACAAACGGGCCGUUGAGAAGAUGCUCGAGGAGCAACGCGAUCAGGCUAAGACUCAGAAAAAGGAAGAGUUCCGCAAGCACCUCCUAAGUAACGUAGCGGCUCGCGAGGCCGUCUUCGACUCGAUUUUUAAGGAGAGUAUGCACAGUGCCCUGGUCUCAAGGGGCGAGCGGCGUUUUUCACAUGCGGCUUUACAAGGCGCUGUAAUGAUAACGCUGUACCGCGAUGAACCGCGAUUCAGUCAGCCACAUCAGAUUCUCACUGCACUUAUGGACAUCGACUCGCUUAUCACCAAAUGGAGGUAUAAUCACGUACUGAUGGUCCAGAGAAUGAUUGGUUCUCAACAGCUUGGUACUGGCGGCUCUUCUGGUUACCAAUACCUGAAGACUACUUUAAGCGACCGUUACAAAGUCUUCGUGGACCUGUUCAAUCUAUCAACCUUCUUGAUACCUCGUCAACUGAUUCCUCCGCUCACCAAAGGCAUGAAGACAAAGCUGUCUAUGGCUUGGGGUUACUGGGGUCUCGAGGAUGAAGAAGACGACACUUCCUCUUCAGCGGAAAAGAAGAAUGACAAAGAUAAUUGUCAAAACGGUGGCAGAUGUGAAAAUGGCAAAAGUCAUCAUAAUGGAAAAAAUAAUUCUAGCGAUUAAUGGGAUCUGAAUUAUACAUAAAUUUCACACGCUCGAAUUAAUAUUUUUUAUGAUUUAUUGUAGACCACUUUUCUGCCUACGUUUGUAAAAAUAUAUACAUAACAUGGAAAAGUUAUUGCUUUAUAAUAACGCAGUGUGUAACAAGUUAAUGCGAAACUUUGUUUCCCUUUAUAAAAACGUGAAAAUACUAUCCCGUUUAUACUCCAGUAAGAGUACUUUUGAUUUGUUCGUUCGUUUGUUUUUUACGAAAAUUACUUGACUUCAGAACUAUAAGCUAACAAAAUUUUAUAAACUAUAAAUAUAAAAACUCAAGUCAAAUAAAUUUUUGUUCAGUAGUUCUUUCCUCAAUCAAAACAAUCAUAUUGCUGUAUAGACUAACUCGUAAAACUUUAAAAACAAUAAGUUUAAGUAUAAAUUAUGCAAUCACAAUUUAGAAUUUCUUUGUUCAAUCAUAAAUUUGCAUUGUUACCAAGUCCGGUUUUUCGGUCCCAUCAAUAAACUACGUCGACCGAAGAUACUUGAUUUGCUAUACCUGCAAACGGAAAAAUAAAGCUAUAGUGAAAACAGUA